AUGACGACCUCUGCUGGCGGAGAAAGUAAACAACUACCCCCCUCCUCCUCCUCCUCCUCCUCUACAUUUCCUCACUUCCCAGACCUCCCUCUCGAGCUCCGGAUCCAAAUAUGGCAACACGCCCUCCACUCCGCAAGGAACAGCGUGAUUCCCGUCGUUAUCAACCACCACCCCCUCCUAACAUUCCAUUCCUGCAUCACACUUCACGGCAGCUUUUGCGGGCAACAUGGUCAUUGCCCACUAUACAAUCCCGAUUCCGCUCAACAGCCGAGCUCUAGCUUGGUGAGCAUGAUCAACGGCUACUUCUGCCUCGGCGCCAACACCCCCGACAUCGACGACGCGGGGGUAAGGGAGCUCAGCAGAGUGUGUAGGGAGUCCCACCAAGUUUUCUUGUCCAUGUACCCGGAGACGAUGACGGUGUAUAGAGAGAUGUGGUAUCCCAAUGUUGAAAUCCAUCCGCGGCGUCGCGUGCGGUGUAAUCCCAAGACGGACACGGUGCUUGUCACCGCCCUGACGAGUUAUGCGUCUGAGCAGAGACACCCGAGUUCGUUGAUUGAUGGGGUGGGGGAUGCGUAUCAGGAUGAUUUGGGGAGGUGGUUCCCGCCGCGGGAUACUGCGGGUGCGUUUGAGGGGUUUAGAAGGAUUGUGGCGGGGUGGAGGAGGGUGGUGUUUGGAUUCCUGGACGAGUUUGAGACGCCUAUACCGUCGUUGAGGCUCUCGGGAACCUAUGAGGACCCGCAGUUUCGGCGGUUCUUGGUGUUUUUCGAGGGGCUUGAGUGGCUUUAUUUGUGCGCCGAUAAGGGACACGUGAUGGCGGGGACGGAGACGGAGAGGGAGUGGGAGAGGAUGGAGCGUGUUGGGGAGAGCUGUGAUGGUGGUGGGUCAGUGGACGACGACAACUGGUAG